CAGGGAGGUGGGGUGGGGUGGGCAGUGGUGGUGGAAGGACAGUUAAGCCCCUGUUAGGGGACUUUUAGCUGGCAGGUGGUACCCUAGGAAGUCAGUCCAGGAGAAGGCAAUGCCUCUGCCCCCACCCCACCCCCCCUCCACCCCAAGAGCCAGGCCCUGCCAGCAGACUAGGGCUGCUAAUCUGGGGUCUUUGGGGUCCCUGGCGACCAUUCCCCUCAACCCGGCAUUGCCAGCUUCCCUGGUCCCACAGCUGAGGUACCUGGUUUGUUUUGGAUCUAAUCUGGAAGAACAUUGAGGCCUGGGAAAAGUCUCAGUCAUCUGUCAAUGGGGGUGGGGAAAAGGGGAAGGAGAUGAUUUGAACAGACCUGUCUCAAGAAAAAGCUCUCAAGACACACAGACCUAUGUUCCAAUCUUACCGCAGCCACUAUGUGACCCUGGGCAGGACGUAUCCCUUCUCUGAGCCUCAUUGGUCUCAUCUGUUAAAAGGGAAAAAUAAUGAUACAGAAUUUGAGGGUUUGGGGGUUGCUGAUGUGUGGGUCCUGUCAACCAAUGUCUCCUCCCCGGGCAGGCUCCCAGCUUUGUGUUGAGUUUCAGCCCCUGGAGGGAGCCUCCUGAAACUAAAAUCCCAACUUUAUCCAUCCCUGGACUAAACUUUCACAGGACUUCCCCAGGACUUACCAAAACCCCUUAGCCUGGGACUCAAGGCCUCUGUGAACUGGUCCCUGCCAACCUCUCCAGCCCCCUCUCCCACCUGACCCUUCACUCUCCAGUAAUUGCUUGUCGUCUUCUGCACACACUAGGUUGUUGCUUGCCUCUUGACCACUGAACAUGCUAUACUUACUUCCUAAAAUGCCCUCCUACUCCCACCUUUCUCAACUGAAGAACUACCCAGCCUUGGGACCCAGUUCAGAUGUCCCCUCCUCCUGGAAGCCUUCCUUGAUCACCCAGAUGGGUUGGAACUUCUUCUGGGCUCUGCAGCCCCUGCGCAGCCCUGGUCCCUCCCUGAACUGUUCUGUUCUGUGUGUCUCUUCCUUUUCUCUCCUUCCCAGGUCUGGGGGCUCCUGGAAGGCAGGGACUGGGUCUCAUUCAUUUCUGUGUUGCCCAUACCCUGUGCAGGGCUGAGCUGAACUGAGGGAAGAGCAACUUCCCCAGUGAGGGCCUGUGCUUAGUGGAGCUCCAUGUCAUUGCACAGAAGGGAAACCAGAAUCAGGCCAUCAGAGUGGGUGGUACAGGUCGUCAGAACAGUCUGGCCUUGGGAACCAUAGGACCCAGAGUGUGCAGGUUGAAAACUUGAAUUUUAUCCAGAGGCAAUAGGGAGACUUGGGAAGUUUGUAAACGUGUGUGUGUGUGUGUGUGUGUGUGUGUGUGUAUGUGUGUGUGUGUGUGUGUGUGUACAUGGUCAGAUCAGCAUUUCAGAGAGAUCUCUCUGGCUGCAGGGUGAGAAUGGAUUAGGUAGUGCCGGGUGCAGGGAGUUCAGGGUCAGGGCAUUUGUGAUAGGACACCAGGCCCAUCCGGACAUUGUUUAAACCCUGAGCUCCUGCCUCUUGGUGAAGCAACUUGCCCUGAGUCCUUAGAUGCUCCUGCUGAGGAAUUUGGGGACACCUAGGACUCUCCCUCCCCCAGUGGGACCCGGGAGACCUGUGAGAUCAUCCCAGCUCUACCCCUAUCUUGCUGGAUGACCUUGGCACAGGUUUCUGCCCUGCCAGCCUCUAAAAAGAGGCCAGAACCAGUAGGGUCCUGUGUGUGAGAGGGUGUGUGGGUGGCGAGGGCCUGACAGGGAAGGCUUGUCACGCUCUCCACUCCUCCCUGCCUUGGGCUGUCCUGGGCUCUUGCCAGAGGGAUUGGGGGAUCACUGUGGGUGACCCCAUAAAAUGGCUGCCUGACUUGGGCUGCAGAGUGAGGCUGGGACCCUUUCAUUCCCGUCCCCCUCCUGCUAAGGAUGCACAGGGUUCUAAACCUUCUGAAUCCCCCAAGGACCACCCAAGAGAGUGUGAGGGCAUCACCAAGCCUCGGGUGACCCCACAAGAGCUUUGAUUUGGCUUCUCUCAUGGCUGUCGCCCUUAGAGAGGCCACUAUGUCUCUAAGUGUCAGCCUUCCCAUCUGUUAAAUGGCUAUGAUGCUCUUUGCCUCCUCGCAUGCAAAGUUGCUAUGAGGAUUCUUGAGAUAGUGGCCAGGAAAGGGCGUUGAAGGCUAAGUACAAGGCAUGGGGAAGGAGUGUGAUGUUCACAGGCUUAAAUACCUUGAAGACUAUGAUGGACCAUGAGAUGCAAGAACACGAGUUGUGCAGGCUAUUGGAUUUUAAAUUAUUGACUGCCUCCCUUGUCCCCACCCUCUGCAGUCAGGUUACUAGUAACAAAUGUGUGUAUUUAUGAACAGUUUACAAAUGUCCCCCAUUUCAUCCUCUACCAACCCUGGGAGAAAGGAAUUAUUAUCCCUGUUUUGCAGAUGAGGAAAUAGAGGCUCAGAGAGGACCCUGCCUGAGGUCACACAAACAGGGUGGAAGUGGGGGCUCCUGCCUGCCUAUCCUGUCCUAUUCCUUCCCAUCCAGGUCACAGAAGCCCCAUCUGGAUGAAGCCUAGUCCUCUGGCUUCCAGCUGAAGGGAGUUUUAAUCCUGCCCAGAGAACCUGUCUUUGGGCUUGCUUUUGGCUUGAUUACCAGUCUGUUGAUAAGAUAACUCUGCCCAGGCCUGCCCACAGGACCAGAGAAGCAUUUCUGAUCAGGGGUGGGGAGGAAGAAAAGCAGGUGCCCCUGAUGAAAUCUUUCCUCUCCCCAAACCACAUUCUGUGAGCUUGCUGGGUAUACCCUUUGGCCCCACACCUUCCUCUUGGGCUGCCGUUGUGUCCCCAGGCCUGAGCUCUCCCCACCACUAGGCCCUGAUGGGGAGGCUGGCUGUGGGGACAUUCUCUGACCUCUGAACCCAUCCUACAGGCCAGUUGCAGGACUAGUCCAGGCCGUGCCUGGACAAGCAAUGGGAGAGGAGGGCCUUGUUCCUGGAGGCAUGGGGAGCCACAGUUGGUUCUUGAGCAGAGGAGUUCAUUCAUCCAUUAUCCCAUACCCCUAGGCCUGAGUCAUUCCUUGUCAGGAAUGAAUCACUGGAGUCCCUGCUGGUAUGGUGGGCAGCCUAGACCCUAUGUCCUCCUUAAUCCUUAGCCCUGGUACCUGCCACUGUCCUUGCAGCUCCCUAGAGAGGGAGGCCUGGGCACUGGGGCUGUGCCCUGCUCCGGAACUGUAGAGGAGGGCCUCCCUCACUUCCUGGGCCUGUGUGACCCCCCCCUUUCUCCCUGUCUCAAGGGAGGUUCCUGGCGUUGCUCUGACUUCCUGGUGAGUCUUCAGCCUCCUCAGCUUCAGAUUGUGGGAGGAGUCUUGCCAUGGCUGGGCAGUGGGCAGGGAAGGGAUGCACCCCAUCUCACAGGGAAUCCAGGGCCAAGGGACCAGCUCCUGUCAUUAGGACAUUGUAUGGUCUCCUCUCUCUUGUCUCCCUCCCUCUAGGCUCCACUGUCCAAUCUACUGUCCGUGUAGCACUAUCUUUGUUAAGGUCAACUCUGACUAUGUCCUUCCCUGCCUAAGCCGUGCCAUGGCUCCCCAUUGUCCUCGGGAUAGAGAUCGAGCUCCUCAGCCUCACAUUUGAGCCCUUCCAUGGGAGUCCCUUAGGCCCCCCCACAUUCGUGACCCCCUAGCCUUCCCCUGACAUUCUUACACCACUGCUACUCCUGCUAUCUUCAAUGUCCUCUUACCUCUUUCUUUACUUGGCAGGCUCCCAAUCAUCCAUCAGGGCGCUGCUCAAAUGACCCUUCCUCUGAGAAGCUCUCCCUGACCACCAACUCAGUAAGGGUUACUCUGGCUCUGUGGGCACUGGGUUUACUUAGUUAUGGCUUGAUCACCCAGGGGGUCUUGGCCCAUGUCUCUGUCUUUCAUCCAGUUCUGUGUUCACAGGAACCCUCUCAGGCCGGCACUUGGGGGCAUUGGCAAGUGUCUGCUGAGACUUUGUGGUUCCUUGGGAUGUGAUUUAUGAUUGAUCACUCUGAGAGUACAGAUUCUUGCGGUUCUUAGAAUCUCAAAAGCAAAGACUAUCAGAAGCAAAGAGUGACAAUUGAAGGAACAUUUAGUAUUCACUACUGGAACCACAGACUCUUGGAAUUGGACUCUAAGAAUCAAUGGAUCUGGGAACCACUCAGCAAAAUAAUCUCACAAUCAGACUCUCUCGUAACAUGUUUUACACUUUUGUUACAUUUCCUACCACGGGUUCCCAUUCUCACUCUUUUCUCCCAAACUGGGCCCUUCCUGCUUCUCCUCAACCCUCAUGCUAGCUCCUCUUCCAGGACCCAUGGCCUGCGGAGACGUGUUCGGGGACUCAUGUGUUCCAGUGUCACACUGCAGUGAUGGGCACGUGCAGCCCCCACCUCAGGGCAGCACAUGAUUUGUUAGCCCCCAGAGCUCCCACCUGUCCCCUGUCUCACCCCUCGUGAGCUGUCCCGUGUAGCAGUGCGUCUCCCCAUUUUACCAGAGAUUAACCUGAGGCUCAGAGAGGGUGAGUGACUUGGCCAAGAUUGCAUGGCAUGGGUGGUUCCAAAUUGGAGGCCAAACCUAGGGUUCUUGACUCUCUGGCUGGAAGCAUCUGGUGUGAUAGGGUGGGUUGAGUCCAGGGCACUGAGGCUCUGGACUGGUUCAGUUCCGCAACCUACCAUCUCAUAGCCCUGGGCAGUGCUGAAAAUAAUGAGAGCAACCCCACACUGAAAAUAAUGAGAGCAUGAGACCUUAAGUAACACCCUUCCUCUUUUGGGGUCUCGGUUUCCUUAUUUGCAAGGAGGGCAAUCUGUGGCCUACCCACUUGAUCUGUGGCCUACCCACUUGGAUGCUUUGAGCUCAACCCCAGAAGGUAGUUCUGCAGUCAGGACCCUGGGGGUUCCCAAGAGGGAGAGAGCCUCUGAGAAGGGGCUACAGAGCCCAAGGCCCCCCAGAAGUCCUCACACCACAACAAUGCCUGCUGAUAGCACCUGAAGCUACCCUAACGCUCGCUAGCCUCCAACCUCACAACUGUUUCCUCAGACCAGUGGCCCAGAAACCACACAGGGGAUGACUUCCAAGCUCCUAAACUGUCCCUAACCCAGCUUUGCCCUCUCCACUCCUCUCAAGCCACAAGGAUGACUGAUAGUUCUCCAAACGUGCUGUGUGAUCUCUCAUCCCCAUUUUGCUCACUCUACUUCUCCUCUCUCUCUGCCCACCUGACUGCUACUCAUCUUCCAACUUGCAGCUCAGGUGUCUUCUCCUCCGGAAAGCCUUCCUUGACCAUCCCUCCAUUCCCUUUAGGGGCCCUCUUGGCUCCUUCAGCCCUGGUGCUUCUGCCUCCCUCAGCUCCUGUCACCCCUGAAUUGUCAUUGUCUGAUUCUGGGUCUGAUGCUCCCACUCGACUUUGACAGUCAGCUCCUUGAGGGCAGGGAAGGGUUCGAUCCACCAAGUCUCCAAGAACACUGUACAGGGACAGAGAUGUGACAAUCUCUGUAAAGGGUGAGUGAGGGAAAGAGUGUGGUGGGAGUCUGGCCUGUGCUGGGUGGGAGGGGGGUUUGUCCCUGUUCUGGCCUCCCCUCUCAGGAUAGGGAAACCUGAUCUGAGGUCCAGUUGACUGUGACCCUGCUAUCUGCAGCCUCUGCCCCCAAUUCCUGUAGGGUUUCCUGCCCCUCUUGCCUUCCUGGGAUACCCUCAUCCUCCCUACCUUCUCCACCAGCUGAAAUCUUAUCUCUUUAAAUUAUCGCAUAAGAUGAGUUUAAAUCAUGUUGUUUAAUUAUUUCAACAACCUUACAAGACAGGUACUGUCCUUACACUGAGAGGAAGCUGCGACUCACGUUUGGGCAUUCAGAGAUGUGCCCAGGUCCCCCAGCUGGGACUGGCACGACUGGGAUUUGAACCAGAGUCUUGCCUCCAUGCUCAGCUAUCUAGGACUUCUCCAGAGAGGCCCAGUGCCCUCUCCUGUCCCCUCCAUGGUGCUCAGGGCCCAGGUCCUGUGUCUCCCCUCACAGCAUCCCACGCUUGGCAGAGACAGACAGCAAGGGUUUCCAGAGCCCUCUCCCCUCUCAGGCUGGACAGGGCCAGCCAGGUGGGUGGGUGGGGACAUUCUGGAAUGUAGUUCAGCUACCCUGAAAAUUCUGCAGGCGGGCCUGGGAACUGUGCCAGCUCCUCCUCUCGGCUUUGGGCUCGCUAGCCCAUGGCCACAGGGAGAAAGACCCAGCUUGGGGAAGGGCCAGAGCCAGUCUGGGGAGAGGAGAGGGGGAAAGGAGUCUUCAUGCUGGGCUUGGCUCUGUCCUUGACUCACUGGGUGAUCUUGGGUGAGACACAAUCCCUUUCUGGGCCUUAGUUUCUCUAACUGUGAGAUGGGUACAAUAACCAUCAUGGCCGCUUCAUGCUGGGGAAGUGCCAGGGAGAGUAAGUUAGAUCCUGGGCUCCGCCAGCCAGUGCUCCCUCUGGCAGAGAACUGGCCAGCCAGGCAGAACUGUGGGGCUCAAAGAGGGCUGGUGGAGCAGCUUCCCGGAGGAGAGAAGACAGGGCCUUGGAGAAUAGAAGAUUGUGAUCAGGGGCACAGGUCCUGAAGACACACAAACCAGGGCUGCUUCUGCCGUUUGCUAGCUUUGUGACCCUGGAGAAGUUAUUUAGCCUCUCUGAGCAUCUCAGGAUUAAAUGGAGGCACCUAACAUGGAACUUGACACAGAGGAGCACAAAGGAAGCACUUACUGUAAGCUCUUGUAAUGAUGUAAGUGUUAGAAGGAGCCAGCAGCACCGCCUGCUCUGAGAAAUGCCGGAGGAGCCAAAGCAGGGUGCGGCCGGGACAGGGGGGACCUGUUUUUCCUGUUUCCCACAGAGUUCCCUGCAGCCUGGUCCAGGCGUGUGCAUUCAUGAGUGAGGAACCUGAGCCAGCGCCGAGCAUCCUGACAGCAAGCGCAGGGGCCGGUCAGGGCCAUGGCAGCAGGCGUGGGCCUCUGGAAUGGCACCAAGAAUGGCACUGGGGACGGGGAUGAGCUGGGCUACAGGUGCCGCUUCAAUGAGGACUUCAAGUACGUGCUGCUUCCCGUGUCCUAUGGUGUGGUGUGCGUGCUCGGGCUGUGUCUGAACGCCGUGGCGCUGUACGCCUUCCUGUGCCGCCUCAAGACCUGGAACGCCUCCACCACGUACAUGUUCCACCUGGCCGUGUCGGACUCGCUGUACGCGGCCUCCCUGCCGCUGCUCGUCUAUUACUACGCCCGCGGCGACCACUGGCCCUUCAGCACGGUGCUCUGCAAGCUGGUGCGCUUCCUCUUCUACACCAACCUCUACUGCAGCAUCCUCUUCCUCACCUGCAUCAGCAUGCACCGCUGCCUGGGCGUCUUGCGCCCGCUGCGCUCGCUGCGCUGGGGCCGGGCCCGCUACGCCCGCCGGGUGGCAGGGGCCGUGUGGGUGCUGGUGCUGGCCUGCCAGGCGCCGGUGCUCUACUUCGUCACCACCAGCGUGCGAGGCGGCCGCAUCACCUGCCACGACACCUCGGCACCUGAGCUCUUCGGCCGCUUCGUGGCCUACAGCUCCGUCAUGCUGGGCCUGCUCUUUGCGGUGCCCUUUGCCGUCAUCCUGGUCUGUUACAUGCUCAUGGCACAGCGGCUGCUCAAGCCGGCCUACGGGGCCACCGGGGGCCUGCCACGAGCCAAGCGCAAGUCGGUGCGCACCAUUGCCGUGGUGCUGGUGGUCUUCACCCUCUGCUUCCUGCCCUUCCAUGUCACCCGCACCCUCUACUACUCCUUCCGCUCGCUUGACCUCAGCUGCCACACCCUCAAUGCCAUCAACAUGGCUUACAAGAUCACCCGGCCCUUGGCCAGCGCCAACAGCUGCCUCGACCCUGUGCUCUACUUCUUGGCUGGACAGAGACUCGUUCGCUUUGCCCGUGAUGCCACGCCACCCAUGGACCCCACCCCUACCGCCCCGGUUCGCCGCAGGCUGGGCCUGCGCAGAUUAGACAGAAACGGCAUUGAGAGAACAGAGGACAUGAAGGCCAGCAGUGAGGACUCUAGGCAGACAGAGUCCAGGACAGCUAGUAGUGAAAACAGUAAGGACAUUCAGCUGUAGGUCCUGCACUCCUCAGGUUUGUGCGAGUCUAUGUGGGAGGUGACAGGGGAGACCGGGACUUGUUCAAAGGGGACGGUCUCCCCAGAUAUGGACAGUCAGCAUCUCGUGCCAGAUGGCCAAGGGGGCCAUGGCCCCACGCUCCAUCAUUUGUCAGGGGCUCAGGAUAGAUACCACCUUUGUGGCCAGUCCCCACAUCCCCAGCAUGUAUGAAUUGGGGAAUAAGGUUUCAGGAAAGGCAAAGGUUCGGGGCCAGUGCUGCCCUUGGCCUGACUUCCACUUAUAAAGCUGGCUGGGCCUGCCGAGGUGUGUCUGCUGUAAUCUGGCCCAAUCAAGUUAAAUGGAGAAACAGGCCCAUUUGGAGAGGAAAGUGACUUAUCAAGGUUCACACACGAGUCUGGGCCUGAACUACCAGGAUGGGAGCAGAGUCCCAGGGUGACCAGAGGGCCCUGGAAAGUGUCCAGGGUGGAGCCAAAGGUUCCCUCAGGGAGUCUGGAGUGGGUCUGGGUGCCACAGUGGGCCCAGUUCUGAGGAAUACCCUUAGCCCAAGAAAUGGACAUCUGGGGAUCUCUGUCACAAUCUCAUCUGGAGGCUCUCCUGGGCUGGGAGCCAGUGUGAAGCUGUAACUUAUACUAAAGGUUUUGUUGCCUGCUGA